AUAUGUCAGUGACUGUUUAUAGUGUUUAUUAAAAGUCUUGCUUUAUUAAACAUUUUUUGUUCUCUUGUAUGAGCAAUUGAAAAGAAAUUAAUAAAUUUCAUUUUUCUUAAGAAACGAUUAAAAAUAAGUUAAUUUACAUUUAUGUUUAAAACUAUAUUUACGGAUGUAAGAAAAGUAUUUAUACCACUAUAUUAGCAAACCAUUCACUUAUAGUGAGUACAUACCUUGAAAGAAAAAGAAACCUGUUUAACUCUUUAUUUUUGUGUUUAUUGCUUUUUAUUCAACUAACAAAUAGAACCAGAAGUACAUUCUUGUUCCUGAAAAUUACCAGACAAAAUCAAUAAACCAAAUUGCCAGUCUGUUAGAAGUCUCUUCCCUGCAACUUCAAUAGUGACUUCAUGUUAUUUAUAAAUUAAAUAUUUCUAAUAAAAAUGUCCGGAGCAGUAUAUCAACCCACAACAGUAACUUAUGAAUCAAAUGGUCCUCAUGAUAGGUGGCAGGAUAGGCCCAUCAGCUAUUUAACCUCACCAGGUCCUCAAAGUUCUAGAAGGCCACAGUUCAUUCCUUUAGGCUUUCUUUCUGCAAGUAUAACAGCUCUCUUGGGCGGUGUGUACAUAUUCAUUAUUGGAAUACAGCAUUACUUAAGCACAGCAGACGCAGCAAAUUUUAUUUACAUAGUAUUUGGACCGGUAUUUAUUGGAAUAGGGAUCUUUUUAUUGGUAUGGUUUCUUCGUAUCUCAAGACUUCUCUGUUGGAGGAAUCCAAAGGAUCACUUGGACACUUCUGGGGGUCAAGCACUAACAGUAAAUCCAUCUACUGAUCUACUGGUUACAGCACAGUAUGCACCUAUUUCAGAGAUUGCUUAUCGGCCAUCAGCGCCAUUAGAAGAUACGGAACAAAGCAAACUGAUGCCGCAGAAAAAUAAGGAUCUUUCAAAUGAAGACACUGACCGCAUGGUAGAAAGGGAUCCCAGAAUUGUCCUUCGUCCUCUUAAUACAACAGAAGAAACUUAAAAACACUAACAAUAUUUUCUUCAGCUAUUUAAACCUAGAACUUAGGUAAACUUCCUUUAAGACUUCACCAGUUCCAAUUAGGUACUUAAUUUUAGAUUUAAGUAUAUGUAGUUAAGCAAACAUUCAGACUUUUCUAAUAUAUGUGUUCUGUUCCUGAUAUAUUUGAUCAAUGUGAUCAGUUCGUCAGUUAAAGGUGUAAUAUUAUAGAGGCUUUCAUGACAAAAUUUGAUAUGCUGAACAACUUGAUGAAAAACUUGAAAAAUUAUUAUAUUUUAGAUAAUUUACUGUCAAAUUGAAGAACAAUUAGUUUGUACUUGGUAAAAAUGUCAAAUGAUGUCAUAUUUACCUUGUUCAUCAUCCUCAGUUUUUCUUCUGUAGUAUCAGGAACAGUACAUAUUCAAUGACAUUACUGAGCUGGUUCUCGCUUUUGAGAUUUGACAGACAUUACAAUGAGAUUAUUUAGUGAUUUUUUUUAUGAAGUUAGUCUUAUCAGCCCAUUUAGUGGGUUUUAAAACAUCGCUUUUCGUUUACAAGUAUCACCGACUUAUAAAAAAGUAUUAAAUCGUAAAUGGCUAUGUCAAAAGUUCAAGCGGACUGGAUAACACACUGUAUAUUUAUUAGCCUUAUUCGUGUCGCUUUUUCUUAAGUAACAAACGAAUUGUAGAAAUUUACAUCGAUAACUGAAGUUAACAAAUCCUAAUUUGUAAAACUGUACACGUUUUCUAAAAAUUUUGAAUCUAUUAAUGGUAGUUUGUUAGAUUUUAUAUACUUUAAAUUAGAUUAAAAGUAAUAUUUAUUAUUUACUAUAGUUAAUGGUUUUGUGUGUAGCGAUUGGUUAUUAAGUUUUGUUAGAGAAAUAUAAUGACUUUAAACGAUUAUAACUCAAAAUUUAUCAUUUUCUCGCACAAAAUAACCAAAAUGUGAUACACCUGAUCUGUAGGCCAUUGCAUUUCUCGAUUAAGCUACAUAUGUGCUAAAGGUAUGAUAAUAUAGGGUAGAUUUUGAAAAUAAAGGAAUUCGUAUGAGAUUUGAAGAACACUGUUACUUCUGAUUCUUUCUUUGCUUGGGUCGCUUGGAGUAUGUCUAAGUAACAUUUAAGGUAAAAUGGAAGAGAAAGAACUAGAAAGUCCAUCUGGUAUGGACAAACAUUCACUUAUUUGAAAGUAAAUAACCAGUUGCUCACCGAAAAUCGGUUGUUAAGUUAACAUACUUCUUUAAAAGUAGUAUACAGAUUUUUUAUAUAAAAAAAAACAGUUGAUUCAAUCUGGGUUUGUGCAAUUAAUAAUAUUCUUUGUUAAAAAUCGUUUAGGAAAAUCUGCCUGCUAUUUUUUUCUUUAAAGGUACGUUUACACCUCUUGCUUAUGCCAGUGCGAAACUUUUAAACACACAUGGCUCACUGAGUUCUAUAGUGGCACAACCGCAAAUAUGAUGAGUUAAUUGACCAUAAAAGUUUCAUUAUAUCAUAAAUGCCAGUAAAAAUUACAAUUUAUGGGUAACAGGUCGAUAGAAGAAACCAAAUACUUGACAAGGGUUAGAUAUUAAAUUUUUUCCAUUGUAUGAAUUUCGAGAACUUUGAUAUACAUAUGCCAGUAUUGAAUUUAAGUUUGAUAAUGUUUUUGGCAAAGGCGGUCGUAAAUUGUGGCACAAAGAGUUCAUAAAAUAAACGUUUUUUAUUUUAAUCAUGUUUUUAUUCGCAUUACAGAUAUAAUAUAUGAACACAACAAUAUUUAUUUUACU